AUGUUCAUUGAAGCAAAGGUUUCCUUAACUCGGAUUGAGAAGUUUCUUGAGGCACCCGAAUUGCGGAAUAGACAUAUCCAGGAGAAGUGCUUUGGAGAGGAACUUGGGAAGUCUAUAGUGCUUAAUUCCACAAGUAUUUCAUGGGAUUCUAACAAGUCAAAGGCUGCCCUAACUAACAUAGAUUUGGUUGUCAAACCUGGUCAAAAGGUAGCCAUAUGUGGAGAGGUUGGGUCAGGAAAGUCAACCCUUCUGGCUGCAAUUCUUGGAGAGGUUCAAGUUUAUGGAAGGAUAGCUUAUGUUCCUCAGUUAGCAUGGAUCCAAACAGGCACCAUACAAGACAACAUACUGUUUGGGUCCACCAUGGAUCAACAUAAGUACCAAGAAGUACUUGAAAAGUGUUCACUAGUAAAGGACCUCGAAAUGCUUCCAUUUGGUGAUCGCACUAUAAUUGGAGAAGAGGUGUUAAUCUCAGUGGUGGGCAGAAGCAGCGAGUUCAACUUGCACGCUUGCACGUGCACUAUAUCAAGAUGCAGAUGUGUAUCUCUUGGAUGA